AUAUAUUACUCUCUCACUCACUAAGCUUGGAAUAAGAAGCAAAAUUAGCAAGUAGAGCUACAAAUACUGUUUCUAAGCUUCUUGAAGAAAAUUUAAUUUCGAAAAAUGCCGAUUUCAAGAAUUGCCAUCGGAAGCCCGGCCGAGGCUACUCAGCCGGACGCUCUCAAAGCCGCUCUAGCUGAGUUCAUCUCAAUGCUCAUUUUCGUUUUCGCCGGUGAAGGUUCUGGCAUGGCCUUCAAUAAGCUCACUGACGAUGGCUCGACAACUCCGGCUGGUCUGGUUGCUGCAUCACUCGCUCAUGCCUUUGCCCUAUUCGUGGCGGUUUCUGUUGGCGCUAACAUUUCAGGAGGUCAUGUGAACCCCGCCGUCACAUUUGGUGCCUUCAUUGGUGGUCACAUAACGUUGUUCAGAACCAUUCUGUAUUGGAUUGCCCAAUUACUUGGAUCUGUGGUAGCUUGUUUGCUUCUCAAGUUUUCAACUGGUGGACUGUCAACAGCUGCAUUUUCCCUAUCCUCUGGUGUAUCGGUAUGGAAUGCGCUUGUUUUCGAGAUUGUGAUGACCUUCGGCCUGGUUUACACAGUUUACGCAACAGCUGUGGAUCCGAAAAAGGGUAACAUCGGAAUCAUUGCUCCCAUUGCGAUUGGUUUCAUUGUGGGUGCCAACAUCUUAGCCGGUGGUGCCUUCGAUGGCGCUUCCAUGAACCCUGCAGUGUCCUUCGGACCAGCAGUGGUCAGCUGGUCAUGGGACGACCACUGGGUCUACUGGCUCGGCCCCUUCAUUGGUUCUGCCAUCGCUGCCAUCAUCUAUGAAGUCAUCUUCAUUGGUCCACCCACUCACGAGCCGCUGCCCACCACAGAUUUCUAAGAAUUAGACACGGAAGUUGGGUGGUCUAUGGUUUAAAUGUUGUGGGUGUUAAUGUGUCGUUUGCUUAGUUUUUCUGGAUGUUGUUCACUGUGAAUUCAUACGAGCUUUGUCUUCUUUCUCUGGGAAUCAAUUGUUGAAUAUUGUUCAUUGGUGUCCA